GAUCAGUUAAAAAUGUGUUUUGAAUAAAAUCAUUUGGCAAAUUUUUAUUUUUAUUCUACUUUCUUGAAUACUCAAUCAAAAUUCAUAGUACCCAUAUUUAUUUUUCUAUUUCAAAUCCUAGUUGAAGAGAACCCGCAGAGCGAAAGAAGAGAUUUUCAACAUUUUCCAAAGAAAAAAAUUCAUACGAUGAGCAAUGCAAUAUUGCCCGCAAGAAGCUGCAAACACGGAAAAUGUUUGAUAAACUUGGGCAACAAUUUUGGCAGUAUUCUAUUAAAAGUGAUAAACAACAAUAUUCAAAUUGAGAGAUCUGACAUUUUUGUAAAAAGCUUUUCCAACAAUGCUUUCGUUUCGAUGAUUUCACAAUUAAACGAAAAAAAGAAAUAUGGAUGCAUUGAAAGUAGAAAUAACCGCCCUAUUAAUACAUGUGGAAGGACGGUGGUAGUUUUUGAACAUUUAUACACCCCAAAACGCUUAAAAAAUCAUAAUAAAGCAUUGAAGAACAAAGACAAACAACCUAAUGCAUCAGAAGCAUGUACAGAAAUGCAAUACAUGGCACAAGGAAAAGCCAUUGGAAAUAAUAACGAACCUAUGUUAAAAGAAAAUACAAAAAAUCUAUUUGAAACUCGUAGCAUUGAUUAUACUGACAAAAAAGUUAUGACUAGAAAAUUAGAAUUGGUAAGGACCUUCUCAAAACAAGUCCAUGGAAAAAUGUCUAUUAUAUUCAAGCAAUCGUACAAGUUUAAAAGUGAUGAAUGUUCAUCUACCAAUCAAACAGUCAAUUUUAAAAAUUCAAUUAAUUUUAAUGAUUCUAAUAUUCAAGCGACAGGUUCUAAGGUAAAUUUAUGUAAUUUGGUUCGAGAUGAAAAUGUAACAAAUUUAGAAAAUAGCACACCUAGCAUGUUAUCUGAAGGAAACAGUAUAGAUAAAAAAGAAAACCAUUUUUCCAUUAUUAAAAUGGCCAAAGUUUUAAAUGCAAAAAGUCAAAAUGCUCCAACAGAUUAUGUAGGCAAGGUGAAAAUACUAUUUAAUCAUUCAGGAAGGUUCAAAAGUUCGGUUCUUCCAUCUUCUGAACGUGAUUCUGAUCUUGAAAGGCAAAACAAGGAUAAGGAAUGUACAGUUUGUUCAAAAGAACAUAAAAGUAAAAAUGAUUUGAUUUUCUUAGAAGGUAGCGUACCCCAAAAAAUAAUCCAAUAUUUCAAGCCUCUACUUAAAAAUAUGACGUAUAGCCAGAAGCCAAGUUCUUUCGACAAUUCAAAACCUUUGGAAUCAGGUAAAAUGAAAAUAAAUUUUAACCAUUCAACAAAAACUAAAUCAUUUAACAAAGUAGGUAAUAUAUUGGCUAAAAAUGAUGCUUCCAAACAGGAUAAUGACAAUGUUUACACUUUGACAAACACGGAAGAAACAAACACUGAAUUAAAUUCACAGCCAGAAAAUAAAUUGACUAAAAAUGAUACUUUUAUUGAUGCGCAUGAUUUUUCUGGAUGUAACAUAGCUUCCAAUGUCAAUACAAUGAACAGUUGUACACUUCAAGAGCAAGAAAGUACAGUUGCUGAAAUUCCAGAAAGCAAAAGGGAAACAUUUCAAGUUGAAAAAACUUGCAACUUUAAUGCGGAGACGACGCAUGCACAAAAUCAAGACGGGUGCGUUGACAAUAUUACAAUGCAUAAAAUCAAUACAAAUGUGCACAAAGUAAAAUAUCUGCCGAAAAAAAUAAAAAAAUCCAAACUUAUGAGCAAGAGCAAGAGAAAAUUACCGCCUUCAGCCACAAGAAUCGCAUUGGAAAAAUCUAAACAAAGUCUAGAUAGGUUGAUAAUGUUCAACAGUGAUCCACAAUGUGGUUUUAUAACUGGUAAUCCUGACAAGAUCAAAACCGUAGAAGACAUGGUUGAAGGCACAAAACCUAGAAAAGUGGAGGAACGAGGUUUAAAAGAAAAAGUCAUAGUUCAAAAGUUUGAUGGUAAUAUAGAAAAAAUGAGCGAAACAGAAAAUAAAGUAAUUUCUCAGGGUGAAGAAAAUUUUGAUAAGAAAAAAAUUCCAUUACAGAAAACAGAACAAAAUAAUCUAAAAGCUAUAAAUAAAUGUCAUUCAGAAAAUAACUUGGAAUUUACAAACUUACUUUCCGACCCUCAUGAAAUUGGAAUUAUGACAAUAAAUUCAACUAGAACUGCAGAGCCAAUAGAAAGUAACGAUGAUGCUAAUUUUUAUAAAAGAAUAUUUACUGACACAAAUGCACUUAAAAAGUUGGUUAAGAAAAAAACACCAAGUUAUAAGAUGACCGAAAAUAAAUCUUUUCCAUCUGUUGAAGUCAUAAAUAAGGAAGAUAAGCAUAAUGAAGAAACGCUAAAAAAUGAAAAACAAUUGGACACUUUUCAGACAGAUCCACUUGGCUGUAAACCCUUUUUGAAGAGUGUCUCUAAUCUUCUGGAAAUAAUUCAAAUAAACGAAUUUAUAGAUGAUAUAAUAAAAACUCCAGGCCGCAAAAUGAAACCUGGUGUAUGUACUACACAAAAUAAAAAAAACCCUGGCAUUUCAAAGGAAAAGAAUAAAAUUUUAGUAACAAAUUGUAAAAGUGCACAAUUAGAUGUUCCCACAAUUCCUGACAACAAGAGAAUAUUUCAGUUGGGACCCAACAAAAUUACUAUUACUGAAAUAUCUAAAACAGAUGCCUUUCCUCCUCCAGUUGUAAAAGUGCAAAACUGUGAUGUUGGAAACAAUCCGAGUCAGACUGAACAGUCAACAAAAAAACAAGUCCAGGCAGCAGAAAUGGAACAUCCAAAAGGAAUGAAACUCUCUACAUUAAAAGAAAGUUUGCCGGCACAAGACAGUUCGAAAGAAAAUGAUCCCAAUUCUUCAACAAUUUCAAAAAUUAGAAAAAGUGCCACUAUUAAAAUGAUAAACCAUUUUGAAAGUUUUCAAGGAGUGAUUGAUUUUCCUCAAGGAACUAAAAUAGUUAAAAAUGUAGUGAAAGAUCGUAUGCAAGCUUAUCAAGAUAUUUCUAAAAAAUUUGAAAAAAUGGGCUUGUAUAGGAAAGUGCCCAAAAAAAAGUUGAUGGAAGAAAUUGAAGAUUCGAGAAAAAAUACCUUGGCCACUAUCAAACGAGAUCUCGAACUCCAAGACAAAUAUAAAAAUACUCCAAAAGGAAAGCGCAUGCAAGACUACUUCCACAGUUUCAAGUUUAGGUUGACAAGCACGAUGAAAGAGUACGGCAAAAGAAAAAAUUUAAAGAAUAGUAAGAAAAUGUUAAUUUCGAGCAAACUAGGAAAGCUGAACCCACAAACUAGCCCAAGUAAACCAUCAUUUGCUCGCAAAGGAAAUAGAAAGAAUAAAUACGUCUAGCCUCGUACAAAAUUGAAACUGAAACUAGUUCAAUUAUCUGUUCAAAUAAAUAUUAAUGUAUGUUAUUUUAAA